UGGGGCUUGGCAGGGGGAGGUGUGGCCUAAUAAAGAUGCUCAGGUAGGUAGAACUGCCAUUAUAUUAGCACUCUGCAUCUGCAGCAGGACUAUCUACUUGAUAUUUUUCUCACCACUUGAACCAGGAAUCCUUCACCAGAGGACAAUGAGCACAGGUGGAGCUAACCCACCCCCCUACAUCAUUCCAGUAGGGGGAGAACAGGGGGGGGACGUCAAGGUGUACCAUGUUCACCAGCCUUUCACCCCGUGUCACCUGCCCGACGACCAAAUACCCACUGAGGUCCAGGCCAUUCCUGUGUAUGCCACAUCUGGCGCACCCACCAAGAACAAGUUUGUCAGCUACGAGACGGAGCUGGGCCGCACAUCAGGAAGGACCACCUGUACCGGCUGUAAGCAGCAGGUCAACACCGACGUCACCUACAAAGUGGGAGCCUUCGCCUGGCUCAUGUGCUUCGUCUUCAUCCUCUGCGGGUUGGUGGUCGGUUGCUGUUUGAUCCCCUUCUUCGUGAAACACUUCAAGGACGCGUACCACUCCUGCCCCCAGUGCCACCAGAUCCUCUACGUAGACAAGAAACGCUGCUGUUGACCGCCAUUCACGGCCACCCUCCUGGGACCACGCCUCCUCCUCCGACCUGCUCACUGUCUCCACUGGCUGGGUUUCAUUCCAGUGAUGCUCCUUCCCCUCUGCCCUAUAGGCCCAUCCUAGGAUCUGACUCAGGCGGUGUGUUAUGACAUUUAAGCCCCAUUAGAGCGGGGGGAGCUUAUGAAGGUAACCUAGCAGAGGAGGGCAUUAUAGCUAACUUACUUAGAUGAUCUUUAACUAUAUGGGUGGGAUGUAAAUAGCCUUAAGACACUGUUCAACUUGUUUCACCAUUAAAAAAAGAAAGAAAACAGAAUCACAAAGAGACACGGUUAGUGGAGGUACAUAUGUAGCUUUCAAGACACAGAACCUUAGCAGUCAGAUAGCAUUUGAUAUCACUGACAAGGAAUCUCAGUGUCAGGUAUUGCACCUGCAAGUCUACUCAUGUCAAACCUUAUGGUCUACAUCCUAUUGCACUCACCUCAUCAAAUCUCCAGCAUAAUGUGACUCAAUUAAAAGGUAUCGACAGUAUAUAUUUAACCAAAUGAAGUAUAGGAUAAUGAAGGAUGUCAUUGUUUGGUGACACAUGUUUCCCAGUAGAAUCAGAAAUUAUGUACAUACAAGUCUGGUUUUCUGCACAGUUCCAACCUUCUUCAAUAAAGCAUACUUAUUAAGGAUGCUCUAUAAUGUUUAAGGCCAGGUCCAAACUCUGACGAGAACACUGAUGUCUAGUUUUGCCUGCAUAAGUGUUUGUUUAAGUUUUUAUUUGUCAAACUCCUCUUUUCAACCAGACAUAUUUCCAUACUGUUGGCGCUAAACACCAAUGAUGUAUAACAUGUAUCCAAGAAGAUAUUUUACAUUUUAGUUAUCACAGAUUGUAGUUUCUCGAAAUAAAAUGAGAUGUCUCAAAGGA